GCCGCAAAACUGGCAGAAAGAGAGGCUCUAUAGGGUCCAAAUUAAUGGGUUCAGUCACCUUAACUUUAGAAGGAUACUGGUAAUCUAGUACAUAAUAUUAUUGGACUAAUUUAAGAUCGUGGGUUGUUGUUUAAUAGCUUCAAACAAUAAAUGAAGAUUUAUACAUAAAUUUUACUGGCUGACUUGCUUCUGUUACUUCCAAUCUCUUCACGGUUUUUUACUGCUGUUGUAACCGGUAGUUGGAUCCUCCUUUCUUUCUUCGACUCUCAAGGAAUGGUAGAUAGAUGACCCAUCUGGCCCUUCAAUUCUUUCUUUCACGUAAGCAUGCAUGUGAUUUGCUCAUGGCACCCGUGAACAGUGAGGAAUCUAGUAAUAGUAAGAUGGUCAUGAACAAAGGAGCAUGGACAGCUGAAGAAGAUAAAAUAUUGGCAGAGUAUAUUGAAGUUCAUGGAGCCAAGAGAUGGAAAGCAGUCGCAAUGAAAGCAGGUUUGAAACGAUGUGGGAAGAGUUGCAGACUGAGAUGGUUGAACUAUUUGAGACCCAACAUCAAGAGAGGCAACAUUUCAGAUGAAGAAGAAGACUUGAUUCUUAGACUCCAUAAACUACUUGGCAACAGGUGGUCGCUGAUCGCUGGCAGACUUCCGGGGCGAACAGACAAUGAAAUAAAGAACUACUGGAAUUCUCAUCUGAGCAAAAAAAUUAAUAAGAUGGAGAGAACACCAGAGUCUUCAAUUCCACAGGAGAGCAUCCCUGAUAAUGCUGCUGCUGCUGCUCAGGACAUGAUGGAAGAGGGCAGUCAAGGAGCUGUAUUUCCGGAGCUUAGCUUCGAUGCCGACGGCUUCUUCGACUUCUCCAUGGAAGGGUCCUGCAGUUUGGAAUGGGUGAACAAGUUUCUUGAACUUGAUGAGGAUCCAUGGCUUGCCGACAAGAGCUGAGCUUUCUGUGCAUUAAAUGAGAAAGAGUCACGUUCUCAUUAUUUCUUAAA